AUGCCCGCCGACCUCGACUUGGCCGUGAACUGCGGCAGCUCGUCGAUCAAGUUCUCCCUCUUCAACCGCUCGUCCCGCUCUAUCGUCGUCUCCGGCAGCGCGUCCAACGUGCAAGGGGACUCUGCGGCUUCGUACAAGUUCACUUUCUCGGGCGAGGGAGGGAAGGAAGAGAAGCACGAGAAGGAGCUGGACAAGAACACGAGUUACGAGGACGUCUUCAAGGAGAUCCUGCAGGACGUCACGGCGGAGAAGGUGCUUGGAUCGGAAGGCAAGGCGCGGAUUCACCUUUUUGCGCAUCGGAUCGUGCACGGCGGGACGGCCGACGGACCGAUCUUGAUCCGUCAUGGCGACAAAGAGGAGAAGGAAGUCCUGGAGCAGAUGGAGCAGGUUUCGUCCUUUGCGCCGCUGCACAACCACCAUGCGAUGUUGAUCGUCAAAGAGUGCCUCGAGCGCUUGCCCGACGCGACGUCCGUCCUGUGCUUCGACACCCUCUUCCACCAAACGAUCCCCCAGUACCGCCGCUUGUACGCCGUCUCGACUCCCGAACACAAGACGCCCGUCCCGCUCGUCAAGUACGGCUUUCAUGGAUUGUCGUACGCCAACAUUCUGGACCAGAUGGCGGAGGAGCUGAAGAAGCCGAAGGAGGAGAUGAAUCUUGUCAUUGCGCAUCUCGGUAGCGGAGGGAGUUGCUGCCUGAUCCAGAACGGCAAGAGCACGCAGACGACGAUGGGUGUGACGCCUCUCGAAGGACUCCCCGGCGGAACUCGCUCCGGCACGAUCGACCCGAGCAUGAUCUUCCACCAUACGCCCGACUGCUCCGACACCGUCAAGUGGUCCGGUCGCGACAUCAGCAAGGCGGAGUACGUCCUCAACAAGGAGAGCGGUUUCCGCGCAUUGUGCGGCACGAACAACUUUGGCACGAUCACCUCCCGCGCGUUCCCUACGAGUGACGACAACCAGCCGACGGAGGAAGAGUUGCAGUCCGCGCGACUCACCUACGAGCUCUACCUCGACCACCUCCUCUCGUUCCUCUCGUCCUACAUCACCUCGGUCUUUUCCUCUCGCACCAACUCGACGCUGGACGGACUCGUCUUCUCGGGCGGGAUUGGCGAGCGCAGCGUGCGGCUGCGAAGGGACGUCGUUGAGCAUUUCAGGUGGAUCGAGGAGUUGGCUGGGACGCAAGGCGGGAUCGACGACGAGAAGAAUGCCGAGGGCAAGAGCGGGAGGAGGGAGAUCACGAAGGAGGGGAGCAAGGUCCGCGCUUGGGUUGUCGAGACGAGCGAGGAGGACGAGAUGAUCCGGAUGAGUGAGAAGGAGAUGGACAAGGCUGGGCGGUGA